AGGAAUCACGCUUCAGCGACCUCACGAUACAACCUUCCGCUGUUCCCCCUCCCUUCUCACCACACCCUGCUCAGCCGCCGGUAUCCUAGCUGCAUUCUUCAACAUCAGUAUCAUCGCUGGUUGUGGCUGACGGGCCACCUUCAGCCACUCUGCUUCAUGAUGCCUCGCUGGAAGCGCAGUAAACCACGCCCCGAGAAGGAUGCAGCGACCAGCGGCGGCAAGUCCGGUGUAUCUUCCGACUCCCCUGCAGCCCAUUCUACUGCUGUGGCCUCCCUUCGCGCUGUUAGUGGCUGCUCUCCCGAUGCCAUAAGAACGACAGCAGUAACCCAAGACCAGGCACCAUCCGACCCGGAAGCGAUUCGAAAGCUAGCCAAGCAACACGCCGAGUUCGGACCCCUGGGCGAUCCGUCGCAUCUCUACACCAGCGAGCAUCCUGGCGGAGAGAUCCCUGAUCCGGUCAUUGAUGAGCCUCCGUACUUCUUCGUUCUGACCACCUACGUCAGCUUCCUCGUGCUGAUCUUCCUCGGCCACUUCCAUGAUUUCGUGGAUAAGUGGUUUCGCUCCCAUACGUACCGCCACUUGAAACCUCAGAAUGGCUAUGCGUCAUUGUACAGCGAUUUCGAGAGUUUCUAUACGCGACGCUUGAAGCAACGGAUCAAUGACUGCUUCGAGAGGCCGAUCAUUGGUGUUCCGGGCAGGCAUGUUACGCUGUUGGACCGGACGACUGAAGACAACCUCCACUUUAGACUUACGGGCACGACGACGGAUACGCUCAAUCUGAGUUCGUAUAAUUAUCUGGGUUUUGCUCAAUCGGAAGGCCCAUGCACCGACUACGCCGAGGAGGUACUCCGGCGGGAUGGCAUUUGCAUUGCAUCGACUCCCGAGGGGGGGAUUACGAAGCUGCAUGCCGAGGUGGAAGAUCAAAUUGCUCGCUUUGUGGGGAAGGAAGCCGCAGUUGUGUUCUCCAUGGGCUUUGUGACGAAUGCGACUAUCUUCCCUUCCAUCAUGGAAAAGGGAUGCCUGAUCCUGUCCGAUGAACUCAACCAUGCAUCUAUCCGAUUUGGCGCUCGUCUGUCUGGCGCGGCCAUCCAGGUCUUCGCGCACAACAACAUGGCUGACCUGGAAAAGCGUCUCAGGGAGGCAAUCUCUCAAGGUCAGCCCCGCACGCAUAGGCCAUGGAAGAAAAUUCUUGUUACCGUGGAGGGUCUGUUCUCCAUGGAAGGUACCAUGUGCAAUCUUCCUCGGAUACUGGAAUUGAAGAAGAAAUACAAGUUCCACCUGUUUGUGGACGAGGCACACUCCAUUGGAGCCGUUGGACGUCACGGACGCGGAGUCUGUGACUACUUCAAAGUGGAUCCGGCAGAGGUCGACAUCCUGUUGGGAACAUUCACCAAGUCCUUCGGAGCCAACGGUGGCUAUAUCGCGGCCGACAAAGCCAUCAUUGACAAGAUUCGCUGCACAAACGCUGGUCAAAUAUUUGGAGAAGCACCGUCGCUUCCUGUCCUUGCUCAGAUCUACUCCUCGCUGCGACUCAUUGCUGAUGAGGAUCCUCUUCACCCGGGCGAGGGACGGGAGCGGAUGCAGCGCCUGGCCUUCAACUCGCGCUACCUUCGGCUCGGAUUGAAGAGACUGGGUUUCAUCGUCUACGGACACGAUGACUCCCCAAUUGUGCCAUUGAUGCUGUACAAUCCGGCCAAAAUGCCUGCCUUCUCGCGAGAAAUGCUGCGUCGCAAAAUCUCUGUGGUUGUUGUGACCUACCCUGCCACGCCCCUGGAGCUGUCUCGGGCGCGACUCUGCAUCUCAGCCGCCCACACCAAAGACGACCUGGAUCGCAUCCUGCAGGCGUGCGAUGAAAUCGGCGAUGCAUUGGAGCUGAAAUUCUCUUCGGGCAUUGCAGGUGGCUUGAGGGAACCAUUGUCUGCGCACGAUAGCUCCAAGGGACCCAGGACGAUUGAGCCUCCCCGUUGGCCUCUCGAAGAGGUCAUUGCCAGGGGCACGCACGACGCAAAUCAACCGUUAUACUAAGCGGAUGUCACCGCUUAAUGUGACUAGAAAUAAGAUAUUCUAAUGCCGCAUGAUAUUCAAGAAUAUACACGCCAAGAGCAUAUAGCUAAUGCCCUCUUUUUUUUUUGGAUUUGUUUGGGCGCUACGGGUUGUUUGAAUUCUUUCGCUGAACAGAAAAAAGCCGGCAUGUGAAGACGCCAGAGCGUUCUUGAUAAUAUUAAUAUUAAUGUAUACAAUAAUGUUUCCUUUCUAGACAAUAUACAGACCCUCGCUGGACCCGGAGAUCUUGCUCGGUUGGCGUUUACAUCUUGGAUAUUAAGAAAAAUUCUCUGCUAAUCAGACACCAAUGGCUGGUCGAGUUGCAAUAGAAGGUUCGUUUGCUAUUCUGGAAUAUGUAUGUAUGCGACCGUGGAAAAGUCAUAUUUUGAAAUUUGAGUACUAGUAGUAGGGAGUGCCUGGACUGUCUGGGGGAAGACUGGGUCUCUAUCUAGUGUCGCGAUACAGUAUUUGCGGGGUGGACUUAGCAUGGUGUCGAUGGAACAUGACGGCACCAAUUACCACAGUGAAAUAUACCAUCCCAAGGGGUGAAAAGUACACCACUGCCGAUAUAAGUAGUUGUAAUACCCAGCCAACCUAUCCGAACUCCAUCGCAAAACCCAAAUCCACAUGGACUUCAGGAC